UAUCCAUUCCAAAUGGACAAAAAACAUCAUAUGUUUCUUUUCCUUCCUAAGUUGGCAUCAAAAGUACUAACUAACGGUUUUUCUGUUCUGUUAGCUCUUAAGCUACUUUACUUUUUUCCCUCUUCACUAUCCAACCACUGCUUCUUCUUUCAUGCAAUGACCAUUCAAGCUUUUCAUGCUUCUUCUUCUUGUUACUUCCAUUCUCACCUUCAAUCUUGUUCCACAAAGCGUUUCCCUUCAAGGAAGACACUGAAGCUGAACUGUAGUACUUCAAAUGGAGACAAAGAUGAUUAUCUUCUGGAUGCUCCUAUUUCUGUUGGUGAUGGUUUCUCUUUCAGUGGAGGAAAAUAUUCAGAUGGACCUAAUCCAAGUGAUGAAUGGUUUAAGCAAGGGAAAAUGGUUAAAGCCUAUUCAAUUCCUGGAACUGGUGAAAAAGCAAAAGAUCCAAUUUUUGGGCUAACAAUGGGUACUAGUUCUCAAGCUACCGGCGAUCGUUUCAGAUGGUUUUGUGUUGAACGCGGAAGUGUUGAUAAUCCUUCAGUGAUAUUAAUCCAUGGUUUCCCUUCACAAGCAUAUUCUUAUCGCAAAGUUCUUCCGGUACUCUCCAAGGACUAUCGUGCCGUAACAUUUGAUUGGCUAGGAUUUGGGUUUUCUGAUAAGCCUCAACCCAAAUAUGGGUUUGACUACACCCUUGAUGAAUAUGUGUCAUCAUUGGAGUCACUUAUUGAUGAGUUAGCUGUUACCAAAGUCUCACUUGUUGUUCAAGGAUAUUUUGCACCAGUUGUCGUUAAGUAUGCCAGCAAACACCAGGAGAAGAUUAACAACUUGAUACUCAUUAAUCCACCUUUAACAGCCCAACAUGCCAAACUUCCACCUACAUUGUCCAUAUUCAGCAACUUUCUGUUAGGUGAAAUAUUUUCACAGGAUCCAUUGAGGGCCAGUGACAAAGCACUGACAAGCUGUGGACCCUACAAAAUGAAAGAAGAAGAUGCAAUGGUUUAUAGAAGACCCUAUCUCAUAUCAGGGUCCUCAGGCUUUGCAUUGAAUGCAAUUACCAGGACCAUGAAGAAAGACCUCAAGAGGUAUGUGGAGGAUAUGCAAACAAUACUAAAGGAUAAAAGUUGGAACGUUCGAACCACCGUAUGUUGGGGCCAGAGAGAUCGCUGGUUGAGUUACGAAGGAGUGGAAGAUUUCUGCAAAGAUUCCAACCAUAAGCUUAUCGAAGUUCCAAAGGCUGGACAUCAUGCACAGGAAGAUUGCGGCGAAGAACUUGGACAACUUAUUUAUGGAAUAAUAAGAAAAAAGAACUGAAAAUAUAAAUUUUUGUAGUUAAAUUACUACAAUUUAAAACUUUUGAAGUUUACAUCUGAAAUUUAACCUGUGUAGGCCAAGUAUAUAUUCAAACACAUAUAUUAUAAACAUUUUUGUUUAUGUUGUCUUGUUAUAUUCAA